CAGAGAACCGAGGUGCUGAGGCCCUCCACUCCUCUGAGGGUCUGCGAGUUGUAGGGACGACAACCACUCGGACUCCUUAAUCCCAUUGGCAAGCUGUGCUACCAGCUAAUCUCUUCCCAAGCCUCUGAGAGGAUUGCAUUGUUAGCAGGAGAGAGGCAAGGACUACCUUCAAACCAGGUGUCUGGGGAGGACCUGGCAGGUGGCCCUGGGCCUCCUUCCUGCAGCCCACCAUGAGAGAGAGCACUGCCCACCACCCGUGGCACGCUAGUUCUGCAGCGGGUGGCAGGAUGCUCGGCUGGAUUGAGAAAGUGGUGCCCCAGCCUCCUGCAAGCUCUCCCAUCCGAAUGGUCACAGAGAAAGGCGGAAAGGCUGGACAAACAGCCCGGGAAGCCAGACCUGGACUGGCCAGGCAGCUGCCAGAAGGAACCUCCAGACAUCCAGCGGAAGGGCCAGGCCAAGAGGAAGCUGCCGGGACCCAUGAGCCAGUGUCGACCACCGACAGUGCUGGGCAGGGGGUCCUCACCUGGCUGUCUCAGGGCCUGGGGAAGGUCAUGCCCCAGCCGGCCCAGAACGCCGUCCCACUCCAGGAGGUUGGCAAGAGCUUUGAGGCCAGCAUUGAAAUCCCAGAUGUGACAGAAGUCCAAAUCAUAGAGGACGAGGAAGAGGAAUUAGAGAUAACCGUGCUUGAGCUUGAUGAAGCCGAGGAAGAGCCUGGUGAGCUGCAAUCCAGCUCGGAUAAUAAUGCCCUAGACAAAAUUGGAGGGAAAAAGGUCUUUACCUGGCUGAAGGAGGGAUUUGAAAAAAUGAUUCCUCAGCCAGAGAAUAUGAAAAAGGCAGAGGAAAGGAGCCCUGAGAAGCAGGCGGCUGGAGAGGGGGAUUUCCCAGCCAGCCCCCCCAGCGCUGUCGGGGCAAAGCACCGAGUUUCUACAGCCAGCCUGUCCGGCCUGAGCGUGUCUCUCUUUCCUCGAACUCUUGGUGGUGAUGGCAGCAGCGUCUUCACGUGGCUGGUUCAGGGCCUGGAGAAAGUGAUUCCUCAGCCGGUGAGCCCAGCCAAGCCAGACGGGCAGUGCAUGGAAGCAGCAGCGCUGGCCCCAGGGCAAGGAAUCUCCACCCUUCCCAAGAGGCAGAGGGACGGGGCCGCCUUAGCCGAAAGCGACGAGGACGAGAUCUGCGAGGAAGUGAGGUGUUGGACUUGCGAGGCUGACUGUCCCGUGGGCACUCCCCCCAGCCCCCAAAGGGAAACAUCUGAUGGCUGUGCCUUGGUGGUAGCUCGUCCAGACCAAGUCAAGGCAAGAGGUGCCGCUGUGGACUCUUCUCUGCAGGCAGAAGAGGAGGAAGCAGCAGGAGCAGGAGCAGAAGCGGCUUUGGCUGCCCCCCAAGGGCAAACUCCAGCAGACAGAUACCCCACCGUGAGCAUCAGGCAUGUGGAUUCCAAGAAGGGUUCUUCUUCGGGGCUGCCGAUUCUUGUCCGCCCGGCUCAGCAACAGCAACAGCAACAACCCUCACGAGGCAAAACGCAGACCCUCGCAGUGCCAGUCACGCCCAUGGCUGCCAGGAGGAGGAAAUGCCUCUCCCAAGGAAGCAGCACAGAAGAGCUGCAGGUGCCAUCUCCAGGUUCAUCGCCGGUGAAAGCUUGGCCAGACCAGCUGAAUCCGCAAGGAGAAGAUUGGCAAGGACGCAGCAGUUCCACUGCGAGCCAGAACAGCACCGUUAUCAAUGACCGCCUCCAAGAACUGGUGCGACUCUUUAAGGACCGGACAGAGAAAGUCAAAGAGAAACUGAUUGAUCCUGAUGCCUCCUCUGAUGAAGAGACCCCUGUGGCAUCUCCUUCCAAAGAAAAACCCCCAGAGGAAAAAAAGGAAGAGCCAGAGAAGGAGGAAGAGGGUCGCGGCUGCGAAACGCUCUGCUGCAAAUUUAAGCAUCGCCCUGGGCUAUGCCAGUGGAAAAAACGCCAGUUCCCCAGCAGCAUUGACCCUCUCACCAAUCUGAUGUACGUGUUCUGGCUCUUCAUCGUGGUUCUGGCAUGGAACUGGAACUGCUGGCUUAUUCCAGUCCGCUGGGCUUUCCCCUACCAAACACCUGGAAAUGUCUACUACUGGAUGACGGUGGACUACCUCUGUGACCUCAUCUACCUUCUCGAUAUCACCGUCUUUCAAGUACGCCUGCAGUUUGUCCAAAAAGGAGACAUCAUCACUGAUAAAAAGGCCAUGAGGAAGAACUACAUGAAGUCACGUCGCUUCAAGAUGGAUGUGAUCUGCCUCCUUCCACUGGAUUUCCUUUACCUCAAAGUUGGCAUACAUUCUCUCCUGCGUUUGCCUCGCUGCUUAAAGUACAUGGCCUUCUUUGAGUUUAACAGCCGGCUUGAAGCUAUUCUGAGCAAGGCCUAUGUUUACAGAGUGAUCCGGAUCACGGCCUACUUGCUCUUCAGCUUACAUGUGAACUCCUGCUUGUAUUACUGGGCAUCCUCCUAUCAGGGAUUGGGCAAUACCCCCUGGGUCUACAAUGGGGAAGGAAACAGUUACAUCCGCUGUUACUACUGGGCUGUCAAGACCUUAAUAACAAUUGGAGGCCUCCCUGACCCACAAACCCUCUUUGAAAUCAUCUUCCAGCUUCUGAAUUACUUCACAGGUGUCUUUGCUUUCUCCGUCAUGAUUGGGCAGAUGAGAGAUGUUGUCGGUGCUGCUACGGCUGCACAAACAUACUAUCGGACGUGUAUGGACAACACAGUUAAAUACAUGACUUUUUACAGAAUCCCCCGGUCCGUUCAGAACAGAGUUAAGACAUGGUAUGAAUAUACUUGGCACUCUCAAGGCAUUCUGGAUGACUCAGAGCUGCUGAAGCAGUUGCCUGACACGAUGAGGUUGGAUAUUGCUGUCGACGUAAACUAUGAGAUCGUCAGCAAGGUGCCGCUCUUUCAGGGUUGUGACAGGCAAAUGAUUUUUGACAUGCUGAAGAGACUCAGAUCGGUUGUGUAUUUACCUAAUGACUACGUAUGCAAGAAGGGAGAAAUUGGCCGAGAGAUGUACAUCAUCCAGGCGGGGCAGGUCCAGGUGCUUGGAGGGCCUGACGGCAAAACGGUGCUUGUGAUGCUGAAAGCUGGAUCCGUGUUUGGAGAAAUCAGCUUACUGGCCGUGGGAGGUGGAAAUCGCCGGACAGCCAAUGUUGUGGCUCACGGAUUUAGUAAUCUUUUCAUUUUGGAUAAGAAAGACUUGAACGAAAUCCUGGUGCAUUACCCAGAAUCUCAGAAGCUGCUGCGGAAGAAGGCCAGGAGAAUGCUGAAGAACAACAGCAAACCCAAGGAAGAAAAAGGGAUGCUGAAGGACGUGCUCAUCAUUCCUCCAAGAGCUGGGACCCCAAAGCUCUUCCAAGCAGCCCUUGCAGCUGCAGGCAAGAUGGGAGGCAAAGGCAGGCUAGCUCAUAUCAGGUGGAAACUGAAAGAGCUGAAGGCUUUGCAGGAAGCCAGCGCCACUCCAGUUCUGCCUAAAUCCCCAGUCAAACGGCGUUCACCAGCUGCUUCCAGGAAAUCCGAUGACUGCAGAAGUGACAAGAUUGUCUCAAAGUCUUCUGAUCGCUCUGUUGUUGUUUGCAUGAGUCCAACACCCAAAGGGGAUGAACAGGUUCUCUCUGUACAGGUUCUAGACAAGGACGGAGCAAAUGAGAAACCUGCAUAACGGAGAGUCCCAGAGAAGGUCUCUGUCAUGAGCUGAAGCGGCCAGAGACUCGCCCCUUAAGGGUUCUUCCUCACAGUAGAACACUGCAAGAGGUUUGUGCAACCAUCCUAAUGUAGCGUUGCUGUCUUUGUGGUGCUCUUAGAAAACAGCUGCAAACCGAUCUUGUGACAACAAGACCUAGAAUCUUUUGCACUCUUACAAUCAGUUUUUACUGUGCUUUGGAGAAGUCCAGCUAAAACCCUAGGGAAGAUCCAGCUUUAGAGCAAGGCGCCUUGGCAUAAAGAAUAUCGGCUUCCUCAAGGCUCUAAAUGUUAAGCAAACAUUUAUCUGCAUAACAUUCCCAUGUAGUCUCUUCCAGUGUUUCCCCACUUAAGAUGAUGUACCGUUUUAACAAGCUGAGAUGCCAGAAGUUAUAAUCUGUAAGCUGCUAUAGAUCAUUGCUACAGCUGCCGAAGUAUUGAAAAAGUAAAGUAAGCUGCGUACAUUAAAAUAUUCAUACUAGCUGCACUUUUACAGGCCUAAGUUCCAUUCCACAAAGCAGUGGGCCUGAUCCAGCCAAGGUUAACACCUUAAAUCCCAUUGAUUUCCAAUAGGGAAAUGAACAAGUGCUUGCAUCUCUUCCACUGAUACCAAUGAGACAUUAAAAAAUCCCAUUUGGCCAGACUGUAAUUCUUGCACCUUUCAAUUAAGAUGGUAAUUAAAGAGAUGUUUCACCGGUGA